GCCUCGAGCCGGCCCUGGCCCCUACAUAUGUUCGGAUGUUUACAUGCGCUGUGUGUGCCUCGCUCAACGCAAUCCGCCCAUGCGCCAGUACGGUCGCCUACGCGUUGCAUGGGCUCCAAGGAUUCUGGCGCCGCGUAUACGAGCGGUAUAAUCGAGGAAGAGGAGUGAGAGCUACUGCGGUGUACGAUUCUUGUGCGCGAACGCGCGCUCGUACUUCUCUUCACAAAUUCUCAACGGUCUUGGACAAGAAUCGCGUCGCGACGAUGGGCGGCUAUGUGAGUAGCAUCGCCUCGAUGUCAAACACGGCCGUGCACAGCGUGUGUCGUGGCCGCAAGCGCAAGUACAUCGAGGAGUGCGACAGUGAAUCCGAAUCUGAUUAUAUCGAUCGAACGCUGCAAACCCCGAAAAAGAGAAAAUUGCUUACAACAGCACAGUAUAUAUACAAAGCCCUGUUUCUCGAGGAGAAAGGCAGUGACAUAACUGUCCUUAUACUUGGACGAGCAUGGAGAUUACACAAGGUCUAUAUUAGUCAGAGUCCUUAUUUUGCUAGUAUGUUUUCUGGAUCCUGGAGAGAGGCUAAUGAGAAGAUUAUUAACGUUGAAAUCGCUGAUCCUAACAUUACAUUGAGCUCACUGUCGAUAGUUCUGGGCUCGCUCUAUCACGACGAAGUCAGUUUGGAGCCGAAGCAGGUUGUUUCUAUUGUGGCGACCGCCACUCUGUUCCAAUUGCAAGGACUGAUCGACGAAUGCGCCGACAUCAUGAUACAGACCACUAACAUCAAAACCGUAGUGCCGUAUUACAAUGCGGCCGUGUCAUAUGGCGUGCCCGCAGUGAAGGCAGCUGCGAAGCGUUGGUUGGAGGUAAAUCUAUUGGCUUACGGUUACCUCCAUCCGACCUUUCUGAAAGAGAUCACCCCGGAAUUAAUGACGGAGUUGAUCGUCAGUCCUGACUUAGUCGCUAUGCAAACAGAAUUUUGCAUAUAUACGAUGCUACGUGUAUGGUUGUUUGCACACACGCACAAUGAAGAGGAGACGCCGCAGAUCGAAGAGUACUUUAAGAAUCAUCAGUGGACGCAACCGUUUUUGACGACAAAGGAGGGCAAGCGAUAUGCGGCGCCUUUCAAGGCACUAAGAAUGAAGUAUUUGGUAUUGCACGAGCAAGACGUUAAGCUGUUAUACAGUGACAAUUUAAUACCGCCUGAUUGGAUGCACGACGCUUACAGAGAACAGUGGCUUCACGUAUUGAGAAUCGACGGACACGAGGAGAGAGGUCCGGUAAAUAUGACGGAGGAGCAAUUUUCCAAGGAGUGCUUCCGGUGCGGUAGAUGCAUCGAGAAGCCGGGCGAACAUGUCUGGAGAUGGAGGGCGUUUCACUAUGGAUUGGACUUGGUGAUGGCUAUGGAUAUGACGACCUUUUACAUCGAGAGAAGCAACAGAAUGGACUCGAAGCAUAUCAAAGCGAAUCACAAGGAACACAACAUAAUAUUAAAAAUCUGCCUGUUCUCGUUGGACGAGCAACGACAAGUAAAACACAUUCAGAAUUCGGGUCUACUCAGGUUGUGCGUAAAGAAGAAUAUGCAGCUACAUUUAAUGUCCUUGGACAAGCAACUAACUUAUCCUCUGUAUGUGUCGGUCCGUCUGCAAGUAGUCACGCCGCUUGCAUCGAACAAAAAGGAGGACGACAUCAUACUUGUGGAUACUUAGCAUUUCGAGAAUGUAACGCUUCACAAAUGUGGAAAGAUAAAGGAUGUGGCGUCCACCCCAAUUCAUCCGUUGUAACAUAUUCCAUUUGAUUAGGAAUGUUGGAAUAAAUUCGUAGAGGCGUGCGUCAUUAUUAUUUGGCACAGGGCACUUAAAUUCGGUUGCGAGGCACGGAUCUUCGAGCGAAGAUAUGGUAUGUUUUUCUUUUCUUCUUCGCAGCCAUAUAUAGACUGACCACAGUUUCAUCGCGCUUUACUUUCCAACGACAGAUUCCUUGGACUUGAUUUUCUUUCUUCAACAAAGGUACAGGUCUGCGACUUUAUAACAUUCGACUCUCGACUGGAAAUCGAAGGGAUGCAAAUUAUAAGAGUGCACGAUUGCGUUUUGACUGUUAGUUUGAAGAGGCUCCAUUUUAAAAGAAUUUUUAAUUUAUCGAGGAAUCUGCCGUUUGUAGGAGCAACGUGGUGAGAGUGAAACAUUCCGUACGCACUAUAUCAAUGCAUAUUACAUCGAUAGUAUGCAGUUGCGCUGGCUGCAAUGUAAGAUAAAAAUACCCAGGCCUGGAUCUAAUCCUUAUUUUUAUUAUUUUGAUCUUUUUGAAUACGAUUAUUUAAACUUUCGAUAUAGAAUAUAUGUAUAUGUUUAAUAUAUGUGACAUGCGAAUAUUCUUUUCCAUGUUAAAAAUUUAAAUGUUUAUAUUUAAGGCUCCUGGAACUUCUCGUCGCGGCUAUUUUGAUCUAUGACGUCAGAAGAGCGAGAAAAUACACGUGAAAAUUAUUUGCAAAAUACGUAGAAAUAAAGAGAUGUAUCCACAAAAUGACACUUUUGAUCGAUCGAACAGAUAUGUAAAAUAGCCCGAAAACUUUCCUUUCGUUCUAACCAUCAAUAAAUAACUAUAGAAUUGAUGUGACAAGAACUUAUGAAGAAAGAUAGAGUUGAAAAGGGUAAGUUGCGUAUAACGUUAUUAUUACAGUAAUUUAUUGUUAGAGCAAAAGGAAAACGUUUGAAUGUACAGAUGUGCAAGUGUCACUUUAUAAGUGUGUCUUCAUAUUUCAAUGUAUAUGUGCAAAAGUUUGUAUCAUGUAUUUUCUCGUCUCUGACGUCAAUCAAGAGUUCCGUGGGGAAAAAUCCCAUGAGCCUUGAAGAUCAAAACAAUAAGAAUGUCUACAGUCAGGUGCGUGUCCAGAUAUCGGUACUUUUGUCUUAACGAACAUUCUAACGGCUCUGUAAAAGCUAGUCUACAAUAUCUUUUAGAAUAUGGAUGUAAGGUUGUAACGUGAGCUGUUAGCGAAUGAAAAUAAUUCAUUUCGCAUCUUACAGCUUUACAGCUAUAUUCUUACAGACAUUGUAGACAUUUAGACUUCUUCGUUAGGUAGAUUUUAAUAAUUCUUUGUACACUGACACCAAUGUGCGUAAUAACAUAUUCACUGUUAAACGCUAUUCCGAGGCGGGCACCUCUUAUAGGCGACUUUGGCUGACCGAGUAAAAUUGCAUCGUUAAUAGUCUGACGAAGUCAGACUGUAACGCUUAGCCGGAGUUGCGUCGAUAGCUUUUCAUUAUUCGAGUUUUGUAUUCAUUUUAUGUUUAGUCGCACCAACUCUAAAGCACGUGGCCAACAGUGUCGAUUAAAGUAUCGUUGGCGAACGGCCCGAUUUCUUCGACGUUCGUUGACUUUGGUCGCAGUCGAUUGGUCUCAUCUUUCCUUCGAGUGACUGAACACUAGAAGCGGUUAUGAAAGUGCAAAUGAGCCAGACGAUCGAAGUUCAAAGUGACGUCGAGGAGAGCGGUGCCGAACCGCUUGUGAGUUCAGGUGUUGCAAGCGAGUUACCUGAGGGACGAUGUGCACAUGUUUUUAGGAUAAGCAACAGCUCGUAGCGUUUUCUCCUAUCGCGAUCGAUAGUUUAGUUUUAUUUCACAAUGCAAUUCGGUUAUUGUGCGCGUGGCAUUCUUGCAGUAUUAAUGUUUAUCGUUUGCGUACACGAAGCUGCAUUUAUAGAGACGUUAAAGGCACUCUCUAAAGUUUUAAGUUCUCGCACUAGUAUAUUCUGUGUAUAUACACCUAUGCUGUAUGCUAUACAGGGUGUCCCGCGUAAGACGGACCAAAAGAAAAAUAUAAGUAGAACACAAAAGUGAACAAAAAUUGUAUAGGUCAUUUUUCAAACAACCACGUAAAAUUUCGAGAUAUUAAUUAAAAUAGUUGGACAA